AUGUUGAAGAUUAUUAUAUCGUUGGCUCUUGCAACGGUAUCAUCUGUAUUGCUGGCUAUAAUAAACCUUCAGUUAUAUUGUGGAAUCCAUCCAUUAGAAAAUUCAAGGAAUUGCGAGAGUGUUGACAAAAUUGAAGUAAAGAUUCAUAUUUUGGGUACUGGUUUCUGGAGAAGCAUUCAAGAGUUCCCUUUUGGCGGUGUCCCUGUUGAGCAAUCAGGGCAUUUUGUGAGUGGCAAGAUUAAUUGGCUUGCUUCUAAACAUUGGCUCAGAGAAAGCCCAUGCUUUAUUGUUUCUCUCGAUUUGGGGAAUGAAUCUUAUCAAGAGAUUUUGCAGCCUGAGUAUGAAGAGGUUAAUGAAGAUAACUACUUGACAUUGGGUGUAUUGAGUGAUUGCUUGUCCAUAAUUUCUGGUCAUGUUGUUUGGAUUAUGAAGGAAUAUGGAAAUAAAGAGUCUUGGACAAAAUUGUUUACCGUUUCUUACAUGCCAGAUCCUAGUAAAUAUUAUAUUUUUACCAAGGCCUUAUGUAUUUUUGACAAUCACCGUCAAGUGCUGCUUGAAUCUACAAGGGAUUGGGGUACGAACUGGGAUACGAAGUUGAUUAUUUACAAUUCUAGAAAUAGUACUUUUAGAUUUACUAACAUUUCAGACCAGAGUGCUUAUAGUCCAAGGAAUGGUUCCCCUGAAGCAUGCAUUGAGAGUUUAAUAUCACCUUGGUCUUGA